AUGUCCAACGGAGGCAGAUUCGAGUUUGACGAUGGUGGCUGCUAUGUGGGCGACUGGGAGGAGGGCCGGGCGCAUGGCUAUGGGGUAUGUACAGGCCCUGGAGCCCAGGGGGAGUACAGCGGGCGCUGGAGCCGUGGCUUUGAGUCGCUGGGUGUCUACACGUGGCCCAGCGGCAACACCUACCAAGGCCAUUGGAGUCAAGGCAAGCGCAGUGGACUGGGCGUGGAACGCAAGAGCAAGUGGAGCUACAAGGGAGAGUGGAGCCACGGGCUGAAGGGGCGCUUGGGCAUCUGGGAAAGCCACUCGGGAGUGAUCUACGAAGGCAUGUGGCGCGAGGGCCUGCAGGAUGGUUAUGGCAUGGAGACUUAUGCUGAUGGAGGUACCUACCAGGGCCAAUGGCAAUCUGGCAAGCGUCAUGGGUAUGGAGUGCGCCAGAGUGUCCCCUAUCGGCAAGCAGCCCUGGUGCGCUCCCCACGCCGCACCUCUUUGGAAUCACUCCACAGUGAAACUGAUCCUAGCGCUCCUCCACCACCCCUCCCACCACCUCCUCUUCCUCCUCCACCACUCCCAGGUGACAGCCCAGCCUCAGGAUCCAGGGGUGGUUUUGUCUUGGCCUUCCCUGGAGAUCCAGACUUCCCUAAGGGAGCCAAGAAGAAAUCAGGGGGCUUUUUCCGACGCUCUCUGCUCCUGAGUGGCCUACGGGUGCGGAGGGCUGAGUCUAAGGCCUCCUUGGGGAGCAAACGGGGGUCCCUCAAGAGUGAGGCAGGGGUAAGUUCAGCCGGGAGUGAGGCCACCACACUCAGCUAUGCCGAGACAGAACCCGAGCUGCCUUCAACCCUGACCAUUGAGGGCUCUUCUACUGAGGUCUAUGCUGGAGAAUGGCGGGCUGACCGGCGCAGUGGCUAUGGGGUGAGCCGCCGCUCCAACGGGCUGCGGUACGAGGGCGAAUGGCUGGGCAAUCGCCGGCACGGUUACGGACGCACCACUUACCCUGAUGGCUCCAAGGAAGAGGGCAAAUACAAGCUCAAUCGUUUGGUGAGCGGCAAGAUGAAGAACCUGAUCCCGCUUCGUCGAAGCAAGGUCAAGGAGAAGGUUGACCGGGCUGUGGAAGUAGCCAGGAGGGCCGUCAGUAUGGCACGGCAGAAGCAGGAGGUUGCCAUUGCCAGGGCUGCAGAUGCUCGCCUGAAAGCCGCCACUGCACUCGGUGCAGCCGAGAAAGCCCUGGAAGCUGCCCGCCUGGCCAAAAUUUUGGCCCAAGAACUCCAGCCCAUCCUAACUGAGCCAGAACCGCGUGCCCGGUUGGAUUCGGAAGGCACCGACACAGACUUCCAGGAGUAUGAUAGCCCCCAGGUCUACGAGAAUGGCAUCACCCCCUCCGAUGUCACCCCCGAUCCGAGCCUACCACCGAGCUACCCUCCUACACCUCUGCAGCCCUGGCGAGGGGACCCCCGGCGGACUUGGCCCCCCUUGGAGAAUGGGGGCCCUCGCCAGCACCUCCCAGAGGUCUCUGACCCCGAGGACGAGUGGGGCUGCCGUGGCAGCUUCCCGUCUCGAACACCGGGGUUUGCCCCCGAGGGGCUGUGGGAGGGGGAGGAGGAGCGGGAGCAGCUCAGCAGCUACGAAGCAGAAGAAGGAGAUUAUGCAGGGGUCCCCGGGCACCCUCAGCCCGGCAGCCCUGCCAGCGGCAGUUCUGGCAGCCUCAGAGAGGAGGAAGAGGAGGAGGAGGAAGAGGAGGAGGAAGUGGCGACUUCUAGGCCUUACACUGGGGAGGCCCCUGUGGAACCAGCACCAGUGGGAGUUCCUGGGGACCUAGAACCAGAGAACGAAGAACUGCUUAGGGGCGCCGGGGCCUCCAUGGUGGACAUAAGGGAGGCCCUAAGAGCUGUGUGGAGAAGGGAGAGACAGGGAGCUAAUCCAUUGGUCGUUGCUGCCGUCCUAUUGAUUGACGUGAGUCUGGCGUACCUGUUCUCUCUUCUCCUCACUUGA